AUGGCCCCUGCCCCCAAGCGCAAGAGAGGUGAUGGCGACGUCGGCGACAAGACCAACCACACGUUGGACGAGCUACUCGCUCUUGACAAGACAGAACUUGCCCAGCUCGCCUUGUCCCUCCAGACCAAGCUUGAACAAGCCUUGGCCCCUCCUCCCACUGCUGCUGAGGUCGCCAGCGCCGCCGGCUGGAGCGAUGAGAAGAUCAAGGCCGCUGCCGAAAGGACGCGUGAAAUCUGUGAAGCUGGUAUUCGCAAGCAGAUGAAGUGGCAGCCUUCUUGCAAGAAAGGGUCAGCCAAGUGGGCCUAUGAGGGCAGUGUAGCACACCCAGACGUAUUCUACACCGCGUUCGCGCUUGAGAAACCGGAGGGCAAGAAGAAGGCUUGGAAGUUGAAGACUUUGACUGUGUCCGAGCUUCAAAACUUUACCGGCCCCAUUGAAGCUUCUAUUAGAUAUGGCAGCUUGCAGCUCACCGGCGAGACCGUCAGAGUCAGUUGGAACGCGGAUGACUUGACUUACAAGCUGGCGGGUUCCUAUGGGCUUUAG